AUGGAGAGUCUCAGCAUGGCCGCGAGGGCUGGUCCCCGUAUCCUAUCAUCUGCCGCCGCACGACCCACGUCAUUCGCGGCUCUCAAGCUGUCGCAACAGAGCGUGCGAUGCGCUUCUGGGGGCUCCGGCUCAUCUGACCUCAAGAAGACUCCCCUGUACGACUUCCACGUCGCCAACGGUGGAAAGCUGGUUCCCUUUGCUGGAUACUCGCUUCCAGUGCAGUACUCAAACCUCUCACUUGCUCAGUCUCACCACUUCACCCGCGAACACGCCUCGCUCUUUGACGUGAGCCACAUGGUGCAGCACAUCUUCAAGGGCAAGGAUGCAGCUGCGUUCCUCGAGAAGCUGACUCCCUCGGAUUGGACCAACCAGGGUGUCAUGCAGAGCAAGCUAACCACUUUCCUCUGGCCUGGCACUGGAGGCAUCGUGGAUGACUCGGUUGUUACCAGAAUCGGCGAGGAUACUUACUAUGUUGUCACCAACGGAGCCUGUCUCGACAAGGACACCGAGUAUCUCGACGAGCAGCUUGGCAAGUUCGGUGGUGACGUUCAGUGGUCUCGCCUGGACAACUCCGGCCUUGUUGCCCUGCAGGGGCCUCAGAGCGCUGAGAUUCUCAACGAAGUCCUCGCCAGCGACGUUGAUCUUACAAAAAUCCACUUUGGCAACGCCGUCUGGGCUGAACUGAAGCUCGCUGAUGGUAGCAAAACUCACCCCGUCCUCAUCAGCCGAGGUGGUUACACCGGAGAGGACGGUUUUGAGAUCUCCUUCAACGGUAAGGACUAUCCCGCCUUUGAGACAACAACUCCCGCCAUCCAGGCUCUCAUGAGCAAGGCUGGCCCAGAGCGUCUACAGCUUGCCGGUCUAGGCGCCCGCGACUCCCUCCGUCUCGAAGCGGGCAUGUGCCUCUACGGCCACGACCUCGACGACACCACAACACCCGUCGAGGCCGGUCUAAGCUGGAUCAUCCCACCUGCGCGCCGCGAGGCCGGCGGCUUCCACGGUGCCGAGGUCAUCAUCCCCCAGCUCACGCCCAAGAGCAAGGGCGGCUCGGGCGUCGAGCGACGACGCAUCGGACUCUACGUCAACGGAGCCCCCGCUCGCGAGGGCGCCGAGAUCCACAAGGACGGCGAGAAAAUCGGCGUCAUCACGAGCGGCGUGCCGAGCCCCACGCUGGGCAAGAACAUCGCCAUGGGAUACAUCAAGAGCGGCAACCAAAAAGCCGGCACCGAGGUGGAUGUUGUUGUGCGCGGCAAGGCACGCAAGGGCACGGUGACCAAGAUGCCUUUCAUCCAGACCAAGUACUGGAAAGGUACUGCGCCAGCUUAA